AUGUCCACCUCAUUCGAACGGCCCUCCGCUGCCUCAUCCCGUCAAAACUCCAUAAUCAGCACCUCUUCCAUCCUCGGCAAGACAUGGAAGAAGGUCAAGCAGCACCAUGAAGGCAUGAACGAUGCCUUCGCAACCUACUAUGGCGGCGGUCGUCGCUCGCACGAGGCCUGGAACACUCCCCGAGGCAGCGUCUGCACCAGGGACAGCGACUCUUCAGACGAGGUCGAAUACAAACCACUUGUGGAGAAGACUGGUUUUGGAAAGAAGAUGUUAGUAAAGGCCAAGGAACACCACAGGAGCGUGAGCGCCGCCUACCGGACUUACUACGGCAACUAA